AUGGUGGCUGUCCAGAAUAUGAAAGUUGGCAUCUUCCUGUUGUGGUGGGGAUGGGUUUUGGCCACUGAAAGCAGAGUGCAUUGGCGAAGAAGAGAAAUACACGAGAUGUCUAAGAAGGGCAGUAAUCCAGAAAGAGACCCAGCGGGUUCAUGUGAUGAAGCAAGGAAGCCAGGGGAAAGUCCAAUUCUGAAACGAAGUCCCGAUAUCACCAAGUCGCCACUGACAAAAUCAGAGCAGCUUCUGAGGAUAGACGACCAUGAUUUCAGCAUGAGGCCUGGCUUUGGAGGUCCAGCCAUUCCUGUGGGUGUGGAUGUGCAGGUGGAGAGCUUGGACAGCAUCUCAGAGGUCGACAUGGACUUCACGAUGACCCUCUACCUGAGGCACUACUGGAAGGACGAAAGGCUGUCCUUCCCGAGCACCAACAACCUCAGCAUGACGUUUGACGGCCGUCUGGUGAAGAAGAUCUGGGUCCCCGACAUGUUUUUCGUGCACUCCAAGCGUUCCUUCAUCCACGACACCACCACGGACAAUGUCAUGUUGCGGGUCCAGCCCGAUGGAAAAGUGCUCUACAGUCUCCGGGUAACAGUGACUGCAAUGUGCAACAUGGACUUCAGCCGAUUUCCCCUGGACACGCAAACGUGCUCACUUGAAAUUGAAAGUUAUGCCUAUACAGAGGAUGACCUCAUGCUGUACUGGAAAAAAGGCAACGACUCCUUGAAGACAGAUGAGCGGAUCUCACUCUCACAGUUCCUCAUCCAAGAAUUCCACACCACCACUAAGCUGGCCUUCUAUAGCAGCACAGGCUGGUACAACCGUCUGUACAUUAACUUCACUUUGCGACGCCACAUCUUCUUCUUCUUGCUCCAAACUUACUUUCCUGCCACCCUGAUGGUCAUGCUGUCCUGGGUGUCCUUCUGGAUCGACCGCAGAGCUGUGCCCGCCAGAGUCCCUUUAGGUAUCACCACCGUGCUGACCAUGUCCACCAUCAUCACGGGCGUGAACGCCUCCAUGCCCCGCGUGUCCUACAUCAAGGCGGUGGACAUCUACCUCUGGGUCAGCUUUGUGUUCGUGUUCCUCUCGGUGUUGGAGUAUGCAGCUGUCAACUACCUGACCACGGUGCAGGAGCGGAAGGAGCGGAAGCUCCGGGAGAAGCUUCCCUGCACCUGUGGAAUACCCCAGCCACGUGGGGUCAUGCUGGAUGGCAGCUACAGUGACGGGGAGGUUAACGACCUGGGCAACUACACGCCGGAGAAUGGAGAGAAGCCGGACAAGAUGAUGGUGCAGCUGACCUUGGCCUCAGAGAGGAGCUCCCCCCAGAGGAAAAGUCAGAGAAGCAGCUAUGUGAGCAUGAGGAUCGACACACAUGCCAUUGAUAAAUACUCCAGGAUAAUUUUUCCAGCAGCAUAUAUUUUAUUCAAUUUAAUAUACUGGUCUAUUUUCUCAUAA